UCUUCUUUAUUUUCUACCUUCAGAACACUUCAGCGUCUUCUCUACUGAUUGAGUCAAUGGAUGGACCAAAUGACUCUGUGGUAUCUGAAUUUGUAUUGAUUGGUCUUUCAAAUUCAUGGGAGAUGCACCUUUUUCUCUUUGGGUUCUUCUCUGUGUUCUACAUGGGAAUUAUCCUGGGAAACCUCUUCAUUGUGUUCACGGUAAUUAUUGACUCUCAUUUACACACACCCAUGUACUUCCUAUUGGCCAACCUCUCCCUUCUUGAUCUAGGUCUGUCCUCUACCACAGUGCCCAUAACGAUCUCUGAUCUUUUCACUGACUGUAACAUCAUUUCCUUUCCAAAAUGCAUGAUACAGAUAUUUUUUAUUCACGUCAUGGGUGGAGGUGAGAUGGUGCUGCUCAUAGCCAUGGCAUAUGACCGGUAUACCGCAAUCUGUAAACCUCUCCACUACCUGACCAUCAUGAGCCCCAAAAUGUGUGUCUCCUUUGUAGUGGCUGCCUGGAUAGUGGGGAUAACCCAUGCUGUAUCUCAGUUUGUUUUUGUCAUAAACCUGCCCUUUUGUGGCCCUAAUGAAGUAGAUAGUUUUUACUGUGAUUUUCCUCGCGUCAUGAAACUUGCUUGUGUAGACACUUACAAGCUAGAGUUUGUAAUCACUGCCAACAGUGGGUUUAUAUCCAUGGCUACUUUCUUCUCCUUAAUUAUAUCCUAUAUCUUCAUUUUGGUCACUGUCUGGAAACGUUCUUCAGGGGACUUGUCCAAAGCAUUUGUCACAUUGUCAGCUCACAUCACUGUAGUGAUUUUGUUUUUUAUGCCAUGCAUGUUUCUCUAUGUGUGGCCUUUCCCUACAUCAUCACUGGAUAAGUAUUUGUUCAUUGCCAACUUCGCUAUCACCCCCCUCUUGAAUCCUGCCAUCUAUACAUUAAGAAACAAAGACAUGAGAGUGGCCAUGAGAAGACUGGGCAAGCGGAUUAUGGAUCCUACUGGUAUCUAAUAAUGAAUGAAGCAGAUCUAGAUAUCACAUGAUGCAGGCUUACCAAGGACACUGAAAGUUACAUGUCUGUCAUCAUUACUAUGAUAAGAACUAUUUGGGGAGAUACUUCAACAAGGUCCACCAGUAGAAAUUGAUUGUGAAGUCACAGGUCACUUUAUGUUGCUAACCACAGAAAAUAACUUGACUUUACUUACUUCCAUUGAGAAGAGAGAGGAGAAGAGAAAACUGAGCUAAUUUGCAGGAAUAAACUUAA